CCUUCUUUGCUAAAGGAUAGCUCUAUGUUCUGCCAUCAGAAGGCUGGCAUCCUCAACUUGUCAGUAGACUUUUGAGGUUGGAGGCAGGCAAGCACCUGCUUUACUUUCUGGAUUUGCAUCACUGACAAUUUAGCCUCCUAACCUGGACAAUUAAGAGAGAGACUCAUCCUGAAGUUUGGAUACUGGUUGCAGUUCAAGGGCUGGGGGGGAUCAAGCUUGAUUUUUGUGCUGCUCUGGACUUGUAUGGAAUGAAGAAAGAGAUAUUGGAUCAGGGGUUAGCUUUGAAUGCUCCAGCCUCCAACCAUUGGGGCUCACAUCCUUACUCUAGAUGAUGCUGAGGAGCUGCUUGCCAGUUCCAUCAAAUUGUUACUGGAAUUAAAGGUAUACAAGUACGAAGACCAUUAACCAAUCUGGAGAUGGACUUGCUGUGUGCAACAUACCUUCUGGUAGUUUUUAUAACCUGUAUAGUAUAUGAAUCUGCUGGCCAAGAAAAGAACUAUAUAAUACGAGAAGAAAGGCCAGAAAAUGUACUUAUUGGGAACUUGUUGAAGGACCUCAACCUUACCUUGGACCCUGAUAUCGCUCUUUCAACCCCUCUCCAGUUUAAGUUGGUAUAUAAGACCGGAGAUGUUCCACUGGUGCGAGUGGAAGAGAAUACAGGCGAGAUCUUUACUACUUCGAAUCGGAUAGAUCGAGAAAAACUUUGUUCUGGUAUAUUUACUGAACACAAGUGCUUCUACGAAGUAGAGGUGGCAGUGCUACCAGAUGAAGUCUUCAGGCUGGUUAAGAUCCGCUUCUUAAUAGAGGAUAUUAAUGACAAUUCUCCACUUUUCCCAUCAACGGUGAUCAACAUCUCCAUUCCAGAAAACACGGCUGUCAACUCUCGAUACUCGGUUCCAUCCGCCAUCGAUCCAGAUGUGGGUAUGAAUGGCAUUCAGCACUACGAACUCCUGAAGGGUCAAAAUGUUUUUGGACUCGAUGUAAUUGAAACACCAGAAGGUGACAAAUGGCCCCAGCUUAUUGUCCAGCAGAGUCUGGACAGAGAACAGAAAGACACAUAUGUAAUGAAGAUUAAGGUGGAGGAUGGCGGAGAUCCUCCGAGGUCCAGUACCGCCAUUUUACAAGUAACCGUUACUGAUGUUAAUGACAAUCGCCCUGUGUUUAAGGAAAAGGACAUUGAGGUUAAUAUCCCAGAAGAUGCCGCAGUUGGGACUUCGGUGGUUCAGCUUCACGCUACAGACGCUGACCUGGGCUCAAAUGCGAAAAUUCACUUUUACUUUGGCAAUCAGAUCUCCAACCUUGCCAAGCGACACUUUGCUAUAGAUAACAAUACUGGAUUAAUUACAGUCAAGGAGCCCUUGGACAGAGAAGAGUCUCACUACCAUAAACUUACUGUAUUGGCAAGUGAUGGCAGUUCAACCCCCUCCAGAGCCACCGUUACAAUAAAUAUUACGGAUAUUAAUGAUAACGUUCCGUCCAUUGACACCAGGUACAUAAUAAAUCCGGUGAAUGGCACUGUGCUACUAUCUGAGAAAGCGCCACUUAAUACAAAAAUAGCCCUAAUAACGGUAACUGACAAGGACGCCGAUCUAAAUGGGAAAGUGACAUGCUUUACGGAUCAUGAUGUUCCUUUCAGGUUAAAGCCAGUGUUUGACAAUCAGUUCCUGUUGGAGACGGCAGCGCCUCUUGAUUUUGAGGCUACAAGAGAAUAUGCCAUUAAAAUUGUUGCUUCGGACUCUGGAAAGCCACCUUUAAAUCAAUCGGCAAUGCUUCUUAUUAAAAUAAAAGAUGAGAAUGACAAUGCACCUGUUUUCACUCUGCCGGUAAUUGGCCUGUCGUUUAUCGAAAACAACCCGCCAGGAACGGAAUUAACCAAAAUCAGUGCCACCGAUGCGGACAGCGGUCGGAAUGCGGAACUUAGUUAUAUUCUUGGCCCCAAUGCUCCGACAAUAUUCAACUUGGAUAGGAGGACGGGGAUUCUCACUGCGGUGAGGAAGCUGGACAGGGAAAAACAAGACAGAUACUCAUUUACAGUGAUUGCAAAGGAUAACGGAAGUCCUUCCUUACAGGCCAACACCACUGUUACCUUAUCAGUUCUUGACCAAAAUGACAACAGCCCAUCAUUUACUCACAACGAGUACAACUUUUAUGUCCCAGAGAACUUACCCAUGUACGGCACAGUGGGCCUUAUUACAGUAACCGACGCGGAUUCAGGGGAGAACGCCAUAGUCACUCUUUCACUCGUCAAUGCAAAGGAUAAUUUCAUAAUCGAUCCUAUUACUGGUGUCAUCAGACCAAACAUAACAUUCGAUAGAGAGCAACAAGGUUCAUACACUUUUCAGGUCAAGGCUGUUGACAAAGGCAACCCACAAAAGUCCUCAACCGUGAAGGUCACGAUAUUUGUUGAAGACGUCAACGAUAACAAGCCAAUGUUUGUCAUCCCUUCAAACAAUUAUUCGUUUGAAUUAGUGCCAACCUCAACCAAUCCAGGAUCUGUUGUUACCAGAGUCUUUGCUGUUGAUAAUGAUACAGGCAUAAAUGCGGACCUUCGUUAUAGCAUUAUAGGAGGGAAUUCAAGAGGUUUGUUUGCUAUAGAUGAGAAGACUGGGAAUAUCAGCUUGAAAGAAAAGAUCAUUGUUGGAGAUCAUGGUUUACAUAGACUUGUGAUAAAAGUAAACGAUUCUGGGAAACCUGAGCCAUUCCACACACUAGCUCUGGUGCAUUUAUUUGUAAAUGAAACAAUAACCAAUGGAUCUUAUAUUCAAGAACUUGUGCGAAGGAAUAUGGAGACACCGGUCGGGCAGAACAUUGGAGAUGGUGAGAUAACCCCACAAACGAAUGAUUAUGUCAAAAUCAUUAUUGCUAUAAUUGCUGGUACGAUGACCGUGAUCCUCGUCAUUUUUGUUACUGCUUUGGUACGUUGCCGUCAAACACCACGACAUAAAGUCGUUCAGAAAAGCAAACAGAGCGGGGAAUGGGUUUCUCCAAACCAAGAAAAUCGACAGAUCAAGAAAAAGAAGAAAAAGAAGAAGCGUUCUCCCAAAAACCUUCUCCUAAACUUUGUUACAAUCGAAGAAUCCAAAACCGAGGAUCCAGCCCAUGAGCAUAUCAAUGGCACCUUGGACAUUCCCGUGGAGUUAGAAGAACAGACGAUGGGAAAAUACAACUGGGCGACCACACCAACUACCUUCAAACCAGACAGCCCCGAUCUGGCCAAGCACUAUAAGUCUGCUUCUCCGCAACCUACAUUCCAGAUAAAGCCUGAGACACCAGUUCCUCCUAAGAAGCAUCACGUGAUUCAAGAGCUUCCCCUCGACAAUACCUUUGUAGUGGGCUGUGACUCUUUGUCUAAGUGUUCCUCCAGUAGCUCGGAUCCGUAUAGCGUCUCUGAAUGCAGUUGCCAAGGAGGCUUCAAGGCACCUGGCCCCAUCCAUACAAGACAGCCCCUCCGUUUUCACUGGAUUCUUGAUAAUGCAGCAUCAGUAAAUGUUGGGCAGCCUACGGCAGUGUCCUGAUCACUGUUUGCUGUCUUGCUCUGAGAACGUCACCGUCAUCUGAGGUCUUGUACUGAGGUCGUUUGAGUUCACAAUCUGAUGUUAAGCCACCAAACAUGGAAAUAUGGAAACAGCACGAGAAACCCCUUUUCUCCUGACUCUGAUUGACGAAGACUUUUAUCAUCCGAUCUCCAGAUGGGUUUGGAAGUAAAGAUGAACCAAUGCGUCAACCCUACUGAAAGGUAUCCAGGGCAAGGCUAUAUAUAUAUUUUUUUUUCUUCUUCCCUUCUCAAGGACAACAGACUUUGUGUUAUGCCGUAGACAUGGACACCAACAUAGAAACGUGAAAUACGAACAUUUAUUUGCCAUCGCUUGAUUUGAAGGACGGUGUUGGAUAAAAUAGUGAUUUGCUUUCAAAUAUUGCUUGUAAAAAAAAAAAAUGUCUUACUGCGUCAUGGCUAUUGCAUUUUUUUUUUAUUUAUUUGUAUGUAUGUAAUAUCUGGCUAUUAUCAAGGAAUAUUAAUUUAGGGAGCAAUAAAACAUAUGCAUAUAUGUUAACAAAAAAAAGAA